AUGGCAGACACGGCAACUAUAAUUACCAACGCCACCGCGCUAUAUGGCAAGAUCUCGCGCGCAUACGAUAACCUUCGGAAGCUCGGCGAGGCCAACAUCACACUCGGCGCGGUGGAAGCCCGGCUUCUGAAUCUCGACAAACUGUGGGAGAAGUUCGAUGCGAUGAAUGAUAUCUUGGCUGAGCGUGUAGACGAAAUAAAACAUGACGUCUAUGCUAAACAGGACAUACCUUCACUCGGCGAAGAGUCUUACCUAGUGAACAAGGGCCUGAUGUUGAAGAUGCGGCGUACUCUCCAGAAAAAGGAACGCGCCGCUGCUUCUGCUACUUCAGAAACAUCAACAUCGGCGCCUCGCACCACGCUACCUCGAAUCCAGCUGCCGACCUUUACGGGAAGAUACGAGGAUUGGCCGGCCUUCCGAGACCUCUUCGUCUCCCUCAUCGGCCAGGAUAAGACGACGAAGCCUGUAGAAAAAAUGCACUACUUGAAGAGCUGUGUCAAGGGCGAAGCAGAUCUUCUCAUCAGAGACCUCAGUUCUACCGAAGCCAAUUAUGAACGAGCCUGGCAAACUCUAAGCGACUACUACGAAAAUAAACGCUUACUAACCCGCUCUUAUUUAACAAAUUUUUUAAGCCUGCCAAAGAUGAAGGGAGAAUCCGCUGCUGAGCUUAGGAAGAUAUUCCACGGCAUCAAGACUACGGUCAGCUCGCUGACGAGCAUCGACCGGCCAGUAGGGAGUACUGAAGAUCUCUUUGUGCACCUCGCCGUUGACCUUCUCGAUAGUCGCUCUCGCCGCGAGUGGGAGACCUCCAUCAGUGAAACGAACGAGCCUCCGCAAUACGCUCUGCUAGAGCGUUUCCUUGAGCGACGUCUUCACACUCUGGAGUCGUUACCCUCGACGAAGAUCGACGUCUCGCCCAACAAAGCCAGCGGGAGUCAGUCUAGGUCGACUCGUACCCACCAUGCUCGUAAGCAGGACUUAAAGGAGCUCAAGGGAAACACCAGAGGACGCUGUUCAGCCUGCCAGGGUGACCACUUCGUGAUGCUGUGCGACACCUAUAAGAAAAUGACGGCCUCAAAGCGCAAGCAGCACGUCGAAGGCAACGACUUGUGCGGAAACUGUCUCGGCCGACACAAGAUCAAGGAGUGCGCCUCCAAGAAGAACUGCUCUGCGUGCAAUGACCGGCAUCAUACCUCACUCCAUGAUGCCUACCGCUCAUCGAAGACCGUCAAAACGUCGCACGUCAGCAAGGGACCGGUUCCGACGCCUGUAGCGGUACUUUUGGCCACGGCGCGCGUUCGCGUAUGCGAUCGCUAUGGGUCCUGGCAGUCAGUUCGCGCCCUCGUCGACCAAGGCUCGGAAUCCUCCAUUGUAUCGGAAAGGCUCACCCAACGCUUGAGGCUAGCACGGAGCUCCGCUUCGGUUUCAGUUUAUGGAGUCGGCGGGAAAAAAACAGGCGUCUCAAAGGGUAAAGUGGUACUCACCCUCCAGUCUCUUCGUGGCUGCCCUUCCAUCACCGUCAACGCUCUGGUGCUGCCGAAGCUGACCAUCUACGCCGGCGGCUACAACGGCGGCGGGCAAAACUGGUCUCAUCUUCAGGGUCUGGAACUCGCGGACCCUGACUACCGCUCAGCUGAUCCGGUUGACAUCCUCCUUGGCGCGGACGUUUACGGCUCAAUCCUCUGUCAGGGCCUAAAAAAGGGAAAUCGACAUGAACCAAUAGCUCAACAAACUACGCUCGGCUGGAUACUGUCAGGCGUUGUUGGUGAGACGACUACCGGACAUCACGUUCACACUCAUCAAUGUUGA